CCCCGUCUUUGCUUUGUACUUCUUCUGUUACCUUCGGAUCUGUCCCUCGUCGUCUUCUUGGUCUCUUUCCUCAAGUGACUCCUACAUAGGAAGAGACAAGCGCUGUUCCGUCUUUCUUCAUCUUCUACGUCUUCGACCCAAUUUCUUUCUGUUUGCCUUCGUUGCAGAUUCAUUCUCUGCGAAGCAAAUAGACGACAAGACCUCCAUAUUUGGGCCCUCUUUGAAUCGAUUCCACGCGCAUUUCUGCUUUGGGAUUCUCUAGAUAAGACUAGGGGGUGAAAGGUAGGAGCAUUGACGGGGAAGGGGGAAAUGGAAAACUAUCUCAACGAGAGCUUUAGUGGUGUUAAGCCGAAGAAUUCUUCGGAGGAAGCGUUGCGGCGAUGGAGGAAGCUUUGCGUUCUGGUGAAGAACCCCAAGCGGCGCUUUCGCUUCACUGCUAAUCUCUCCAAGAGGUCGGAGGCCGAGGCCAUGAAGAAAACUAACCAGGAGAAACUACGAAUAGCUGUUCUGGUUUCAAAAGCCGCAUUGCAAUUCAUUCAAGUGGCAGCCUCCUCCGGCAUUCUACCACGCAGCGACUACGUUGUUCCUAAUGAGGUGAAGGCAGCUGGUUUCGACAUAGAUGCGGAUGAGUUGGGAUCCAUUGUUGAAGGCCAUGACUUGAAGAAACUGAAGAUUCAUGGCGGCAUAGAAGGUAUUGCAACGAAGCUUUCUACGUCAACAGAAAGCGGGCUUUGCUCCGAUGAAGAUAGACUGAAGCGCAGGCAGGAUGUCUUCGGUAUAAAUAAGUUUACCGAAAGACAACAAAGAAGCUUUUGGGUGUUUGUAUGGGAAGCGCUUCAAGACACCACUCUUAUGAUUCUCGCCAUGUGCGCCAUUGUAUCUCUCGUCGUCGGCAUUGCCACAGAAGGAUGGCCGAAAGGAGCUCAUGAUGGUCUCGGGAUCGUUGCGAGCAUUCUAUUGGUUGUUUUUGUGACUGCAACAAGUGAUUACCGACAGUCUUUACAAUUUAAGGAUUUAGAUAAGGAGAAGAAGAAGAUCUUCGUUCAAGUUACGAGAAAUGGAUAUAGGAAGAAGAUUUCUAUUUACGAUCUUCUUCCUGGUGAUAUUGUGCAUCUAGGAAUUGGUGAUCAAGUACCUGCUGAUGGUCUCUUUGUAUCUGGUUUCUCAGUACUGAUAGACGAGUCUAGUCUCACGGGGGAGAGUGAACCUGUUGCUGUAAAUAGCGAGAAUCCUUUUCUUUUAUCCGGAACGAAAGUUCAGGAUGGAUCUUGUAAAAUGCUUAUAACAACUGUGGGCAUGAGAACCCAGUGGGGUAAGCUGAUGGCUACGCUUUCUGAAGGUGGCGAUGAUGAAACUCCAUUGCAGGUUAAGCUGAACGGGGUCGCGACUAUAAUCGGAAAAAUUGGUUUAUUCUUUGCAGUAGUGACGUUCGCCGUUCUUUCUCAACGCCUUAUGACGAGUAAAUAUCAAGAGGGCCAGUAUUUUAGCUGGUCAGGUGAUGACGCAUUAGAGAUGUUAGAAUAUUUCGCCAUUGCUGUCACAAUAGUGGUUGUUGCAGUGCCGGAAGGAUUGCCCUUAGCCGUGACUUUGAGCCUCGCUUUCGCGAUGAAGAAGAUGAUGAACGAUAAAGCGCUGGUGCGCCAUCUCGCAGCCUGCGAAACAAUGGGUUCCGCGACAUCAAUUUGUAGCGACAAAACCGGAACACUCACGACAAAUCACAUGACUGUCGUGAAAAUUUGUGCCUGUGAAAAUAUCCAUGAAUUGAACAACACGCAGAAGGAUGGUAGCGUAAGAUCCCUUUUUCCUGAUUCUUCUGUAAAAACUAUCAUCGAGUCCUUAUUCAAUAACACCAGCGGCGAAGUUGUGAAGAAUCAAAAUGGAAAGCUUGAGAUUUUGGGAUCUCCCACCGAAACUGCUUUGUUGGAAUUUGGUUUGUCGUUGGGUGGAAACUUCUACGCAGUAAGGCAACAGACUCAACUUAUCAAAGUCGAGCCUUUCAAUUCCACGAAGAAGAGAAUGGGUGUGGUGCUUCAGUUGCCAGAAGGAGGAUAUCGUGCUCAUUGUAAAGGAGCUUCAGAAAUUAUUUUGGCUGCUUGUGACAAUUAUAUAGAUCAUAAAGGUAAUGCUGUUCCUUUGAAGGAAGAAGCAGCAAAUAAAUUGAAAGAAACUAUUGAGAGCUUUGCUAGUGAAGCUCUUCGAACGUUAUGCCUUGCUUAUAUGGAUAUUGAAAAUAAUUUCGUGGCAACAGAACAGAUACCCGUGUCGGGAUACACGUGUAUUGGAAUCAUUGGUAUCAAGGAUCCAGUGCGACCCGGUGUUAGAGAAUCAGUUGCGAUAUGCAAGUCAGCUGGAAUUACAGUAAGAAUGGUUACAGGAGAUAAUAUAAAUACAGCAAAAGCGAUUGCUAGGGAAUGUGGCAUUCUUACUGAAGGGGGUGUAGCUAUUGAAGGUCCAGAGUUCAGAGAGAAGAGUUUAGACAAGUUGACUCAAUUGAUUCCGAAUCUUCAGGUAAUGGCUAGGUCUUCACCGAUGGAUAAACAUACUUUGGUAAACCAUCUACGGACUUCGUUUGAUGAGGUAGUUGCGGUGACUGGUGAUGGAACAAACGAUGCUCCUGCACUUCACGAGGCGGAUAUUGGACUUGCAAUGGGAAUUGCAGGGACUGAGGUGGCAAAGGAGAGCGCUGAUGUCAUAAUACUGGAUGACAAUUUUUCAACUAUUGUGACUGUGGUGAAGUGGGGGCGUUCUGUUUACAUAAACAUCCAAAAAUUUGUGCAGUUUCAACUCACUGUGAAUAUUGUUGCUUUAAUUGUUAAUUUCUUGUCGGCCUGCUUUACAGGAAAUGCACCACUUACUGCUGUUCAGCUUCUUUGGGUCAACAUGAUUAUGGAUACUUUAGGCGCACUUGCAUUAGCUACAGAACCACCUAAUGAUGAAUUAAUGAAAAGACCACCAGUUGGAAAGAAAGGCAAUUUUAUCACAAAUAUAAUGUGGAGAAACAUUUUGGGACAAGCGUUCUACCAGUUUAUUGUGAUUUGGUGCCUCCAAACAGAAGGGAAGCGGCUUUUUGAUCUUGAGGGGCCUACGGCGGAACUCACCUUGAAUACAUUAAUCUUCAACACAUUUGUUUUCUGUCAGGUCUUCAAUGAGAUUAGCUCCAGAGAGAUGGAAAAAAUUGAUGUGCUUCAUGGCAUCCUACAGAACUACAUCUUUGUAGGAGUUGUCACAAGCACUGUCAUCUUCCAACUCAUAAUUGUACAAUUCCUUGGUGAUUUUGCCAGCACAACACCUCUUACACUAUGGCAGUGGUUCGUUACUGUGUUCAUCGGCUUCCUGAGCAUGCCCGUUGCUGCCGCCAUUAAGUUGAUUCCAGUUGAAUCAAACUGAAAUCGUGCCUUGGAGACCUUAAUUUACUUGAAUCCGAGCUCAAAAUUCUCAACAAAAUAGAAAAAGAUCAUUCAUAUUUUCAAGAUAGAUGUUUCAGAUUUACUUAUUUUGAUUCAUUUCAAUGUAUCUGCAGAUAAUACAGUAGUCU